AUGUAAAAUAUUGAGCUUUUUUCAAAUGCUUAAGAUGAAGCAAUACUUUCUGAAAGAAAUGAGCAAGAAUAAUUUCAAAGUGAAUCCUCAAAAGAAGAUGAUAAUUCUAGUGAUUCAAUUCAAAAUGAAGAAGAAUAAGAAAUGAACCCAAAAGAAUCUUAAACUUCUACAUUCCCAGAAUAAUAAAUUAUUAAGGAUGAGACUAAGAAAAAAGAUGUAAUCAUCUAAAUUAUAUUAGAUAAAAGAGACUUGUCUUGAAAAAAUAAAAUCAUAUAUUGGAUUUGGUCAUAGUGAUUUAUUUUAAAAUGAAAGAAUUGGAUCAAUAUUUUUCUUACCAAUACCUUCCAGAUGGCCAUUAAAAAUAUAAGUUACAAUUGCAUAAAUUAUUAUUGCCAUAACAUCUUUAUCUUUAUUUGUUGGAGUCUAAUAAAUAGGAUAGAAUAUAUUAUUUAAUACUGUAUAAUAAUGGACUAAGAACAAUGUAUCAUAGCUAUUAUAAAAAUAAAUUUGUGAGAUCACAAUAGAUUUUGUUUAAAUAUUGAUUAAAACUUAAGAGAAUGAUAUCCAACUCAUUAAUGUUACUUUAAGUCUAAUUUAAUCUGAAACUUUUAGAUAUAAAGAUAUUCUAUAUAAAAUCGAUAAUUAAAUACCAAAUUCAUCUAAAAAUUAUGUUACUAAUGGAGGUAUUAUAGAUUAAUAUACUCUUAAUAUUGCUACUUAUUCACUUUUAAAAGAUUAAUAAAUAUCUGAGAAUAAAAUUAGAACAUAUUUAUCCAUCAAUAAUAUAAUGUAUUAUAAUUAUUAAACUUUGGGAUCAAACUUUAUUUGGAUAUUUGAUGAUGGAUUCUUGAUGCAAUAUCCAGGUGUGAAUGUAACUGACAUUAAAAAAUUUAAUGAAUAUCGAUUAUAAAUGUAUAAUAGUAGAAGAAAUCUCUCCCAUAUUCCUUUAGAAUACACUUUUGACCCAGUUUUGAAUUAGAUUUUGUAAAGAGAAGUAUUACCUAUAAUGGAUAUAAAUAAUAAAUAAAUUGGUUUGAUCUUUUGUGAAAGAAAACCAUUUUUGUUAUAUAUAUUAUUUUAUUAAAUAGCCAUUAACAAUCAGUACAAUUAUACUUUAUUUUUGUUUUCAUAAGAAAAUGAUAUUCUCUAUUAUGAAGAACAAGAAUAUAAGAUAAAUAUAGAAGAAUUUUAGUAAUUACUAAAAACAAUGAAUACAGAUGAUUAAAAAUUAAAGAAAAUUAAUAUCUCAUAAUUUCUAUUUGAAUCAACAAGUGUUUACUCAUACUUUGAACUCUAUUAAGGAGAUCUUUCAAAUUAAUAAUUUAUAUUAGCAUAUUGUAAUUAUUAAGGACUCUAUUUCGGAAUGUAUAUUUUGAUUUCACCUAAAUAGUUUUUAACCAACUUUCUUGCCCAAUGAAGAAGUUGAAUUUUAGAAAAUAACAUAUUACCAGAAAGUUGAUAGUUUCAAUAAAUAAUUAAUUCCUAUAGCUUUAUCUAUACCAAUAAUAUAUAUUAUUUUUUGUGUUUUUUAUAUGGUAAGAUAUAUAAAGCCUCUUCAAAGAAUAACAGAAUAUGCAGAUUAAUUGUUAUAGAAAUCUCAAAAUUUUGAUGAAAAAUAAUUUGAAAAAUAAUUCAAUAAUUCAAAAGGAGAUGAUCUCAUUUAAUAAUUAACAUCAUUAUUUGCAAAACUUAUGGGAAAUCUAAACAAAUCAAAAUAAUUAAAAAAAUAAGAGAUAAUUGAUUUCUAUAAUAAGCAAACAUAUCCAAAAAAUUAAAAAUCAAGGGAUGUUACUCCCAUUAUUAAUUAAGUCAAAAAGAUUAAAUUAGAUUAAAUUGUAAGAGAUCCUGGAGUAUUACAAUUUCCAAAUUUAGAUGAUUGA